GUUCUUGAUUGUUUACUUUCUACCGGAUCUACACCAGAUCUAACCUAGAAAUCUGCUGAAAAUAGGACUGCAGUUUGGAUUUAUUCAGGAAUUAUAAUUAGUUUGUUGCGUAGAAAUAAUGUUUGAAACAGUGUUAAGUGUAAAGUAUGUGAGUGAAAAGAACUGUUUUGUUUAUUUAUCACCCAAACAUAAGAAUGUUAAUACGGGAAUGUGUAUGAAAAUGACCAAUGAUUCCACUGAAGCAUUCUUUUCUGCCAAAGUGAUUAGCAAUAUAGUUGAGUUCGAUUCAAUUGCUAUAAAUUCAACGUAUGCAAAACUUUUAGGAUUCCAAGAAAAUGAGUUAGUCAAUGUUUCAAAUGUAUCUCAAUCACCAGUCGUUACUUGUGUUAUUAUAAAACCACUUACUCAGCCUGAUUAUGAAGUUCUGGAAAUGUUUUCCCAAAAUGUACAGUCAAAUCUGCUCGAUCAAGUUAGAGUUAUUCAUUCGGGUCAGAAACUAGUAAUUUGGAUUGGAAACAGUCUGACAGUUUCUGUUAUGGUAGAAAAUGUACAACCAGUCAGUCCGGGUGCUCUGGAUUUUCUAACCGAAGUUGUUAUUGAACCCCCACACAAUUCCUCACACGUUUUAAACAACUGCAAAGUUGCAGAGAAACCUCAGAUACUUCAAGAAUACAUUAGUUUUUUCAAGAGUAUAUCCUCCAAUGAAGAUAUUGGACCAGUUAAUUCAGAGACACGUAUUAGAGAUCGUUAUUACCGAUUAAUACCACUUUCAUUCUUACCCAGUUCUUUUAAGAUCAAAAGUAAUGUUUUCACAGGAUAUAUUUGUGAGACCGUACCAGAUUGCGAUAAUGAAAUUAGUAACUUUUUCAAAAUGACCCUGCUGAAUAGCAUUGGUGAAGAGAAAGAAUUGUUUAUAAGACUUUCAAAUUUUGUGGAUGUACCUGUAGAAUUCUACAACAACAACUUGGGCAAUCUUUUUGUUGACAAUUCGGUUUUUUCAUUUUUGCAAUGUGAUUUUCCAGCUAGAGUUGUGUUGCAAAAGAUUCCUAGGUCACCCUCAGUUAAAGAGAUUGAAAUUCAUAGCACAAAGUCCUACUUAAUAAAUUUAGUGGAAGAGUUAAAAAAAUAUUUGGCCGAUCACUGUGUACCACCAAUUAUUAUAAAUGCCAAAUAUCCUAUUUCAAUCAACGGACGGUUUCACUGUUUUCUUACAUUUUCACAUAAUGUCAAAUUUUGCAUAGUUGAUCAGGAAUUUUUAAGAAAUUGCUCCUAUAGUGUAUGUGAUGAAUUUGUAACCUCAUUGGAAGAUAUUGUUAAGAAACGUGAAACAAGCAAUGAAAUGUGCUUCACCAUUGCACCUGUAAAGUCAAUCUGUGAUAAUAUACUAUCUGUACUAUUGAAAACUGGAGUAUUUGAAGUGGAAAAUAUAAUUCUAAGUGGUAGACCAGGUACAGGAAAAUCAUCUGUAAUGGAAAAUAUUUCAAGAACGUUAAAUUCCUAUCCAUAUUUCAUAAAAACUGAAAUAGUUUACUGUAAAAACAUCAAAGGCAAAACUCUGGAAUCGCUUCAUAAAUUUUUUACUGACUUACUCUCAAACUUAAUUUUAAGUCAGCCCGCUUUACUAAUAUUGGAUGAUUUACAAGUGUUAUGUGAAGUAUGGGAAGGAGAAGAAACCCCUAAUACGAUAUUUUCCAAUAGAGUUAGUGAAAUGUUGCACACAUUAUUCAUCGAUACUCAAAAGGUGCAUGCUGUUGGUAUUUUAGCUAGCACCGAUUUGGUAUCAAAAUUAAAUAAGCAUAUUUAUCGAUCAAGAGGGAACCACUUAUAUAAAAACGUAUUUACUAUGGAGGAUCUAAAUAAGGCGGACCGAAUAUUGCUGUUAAAACAUUUUCUCGGUAAACAUUUAGUUGAUACCAGCCUCGACUAUGAAGAACUAGCAUUAAAAACAGAUGGAUUUGUUGUACAAGAUAUUGAAGACUUUUAUACCAAAGCGCUUUUUGAAGCAUAUAAAGAUCGGCAGGAAGACCGUCAAACACCAAUGAUAACUCAGGAACAUUGUUUGGUGGCUUUGAAGAAAACAUGCGCCCUUUCGUUGCAAAGCAUCACAUUCCACAAUGGAAACCGCAAAUCAUUUGAAGAUAUUGGAGGUCUGCACGAUGUUAAAAAUGUGCUGAUAGAAAGUCUAAUGUGGCCAGCAAAGUAUCCCAACAUUUUUUCUCACGCCCCACUCAGGCUUCAGUCGGGAAUUUUACUGUAUGGACCUCCAGGUACUGGAAAAACUUUGAUUGCUGGCGCCGCAGCAAAGCAGUGUGGCUUGAGAUUAAUAUCUAUUAAGGGGCCAGAGUUACUUAGUAAAUAUAUUGGAGCUAGUGAACAGGGAGUUAGAGAUGUUUUUGUCAAAGCACAACUGGCGAAACCCUGCAUUCUAUUCUUUGAUGAAUUCGACAGCCUGGCGCCAAGGCGGGGGCAUGAUAAUACAGGAGUUACUGAUAGAGUGGUGAAUCAACUGUUGACGCAGUUGGAUGGUGUUGAAGCUUUAACUGGGGUUUGUGUAUUGGCCGCUACUUCAAGGCCGGAUUUAUUAGAUCCAGCUUUGUUGCGACCCGGAAGAUUAGACAAACAGCUUAUUUGCUCCAUGCCUAACUAUGACGAUCGAUUGGAAAUUUUAAAUAUACUUUCGAGCAAGUUAGAUUUAGCUGAAGAUGUUAAGAUGGAGGAAAUUGCUCAGAAAACAGAAGGCUACUCCGGUGCUGAUCUUCAAUCUGUUCUGUUCACGGCGCAAAUAUCUACAAUGAAAGAUUGUGUGAGUACCGAUUCUAUCGAAGCUCAGCCACUCAAAACGUCUCACGAGGUUAUAUUACAAUCACUGUCACAAACGAAACCAUCUUUACCAAAAUCGGAACGCGCAAAGUACGAAAGAAUAUAUAAAAAAUUUUCGGGAAGAAGUGUGGAAACCUUUAAUACGGGAUCUAGAGUGACUUUAGCAUAAUGCUAGAUAGUGUUAUAUGGAAUAUUUUCACGAAUGCUAAUUAUGGAAACUAUGGGUUUAAGAAAAAUAUAUGUUGGUAUCAUUGUAACUGUGAAAUGGAGUAGCAAUGUGAAUAUAUUUAUAGGUGUUUGUUAAUGUGGAGAUAUUUUAAUUUACGAAUAUAUUUUUAUUUUUUAAAUAAAA